AUGGAGGGGAUCAAGGUGAGAACCUGUUUCUGUGGACAGCUGGAUGCCCCCCUGCUGUCCCCUCCAGAGAUCAGAUCCUUCUCUAACAUCAGGAUGCUCCCCUAUCACUCGGCACUCUUGGCAGUGAUGUCACUCACAGUGACCAGUGUAUCGACGAAGACCACUCAGCGGCCAAAGUACCAAUACACCAAGAAGCCCAUGCCUUACCGCGAGCAGCCCCAGAUUACCAUGCAGCCCCUAACCACCAUCAUCCCUAAGACACUGAAAUCAGUGGAGAAAUCAGAUCACAUGGACCCCUACCCUCUGGCUACCACAGAGACCACAACCUACCCCAGCGAUGCCUACCAGGAUUACUAUACUGAAACCACAGGGCCCCCUGGUGUUGGGCAUGAUAAUUACACAAUGGAUUAUAACGAGUGCUACUUCAAUUUUUGUGAGUGCUGUCCACCAGAGAGGGGCCCUCGAGGGCCAAAAGGGGACAGAGGACUACCAGGUUCACCUGGAGAAGAGGGGGAGCGAGGACCCAGAGGCUUUUCUGGACUGGCUGGUUCAAAUGGAACUAUGGGGACAAAAGGAGACAGAGGAGUUAAAGGUGACCUAGGAUACCGUGGAAUGGCAGGAACUCUGGGUAACCCAGGGAAACCAGGAGAGAGAGGUGGAUUUGGCUUCAAAGGUGAAAAAGGUGACAUCGGGCCCCCUGGUGUCAAAGGUGACCAGGGGGAGAAGGGUGAAAGCCAAAAUGGGACUAAGGGUGAGAGAGGGGAACCUGGAAUGGAAGGCCCAACAGGACCCCCAGGGCUGGCUGGAGUACAAGACCAGAAGGGGGACAAGGGGGACAAAGGAGAGUGUGGGACAUUUGGGGAGAGAGGACUGAAGGGCGAUAGAGGGGACCCUGGGCCUCCAGGUAUUCAGGGACAGGUGGGCCUUCCUGGGGUGGAUGGCAUGCAGGGCUCCCCUGGUGUGGCGGGCGACCAGGGGGAUCUAGGACCCCCAGGGGCUCAAGGUGAGCCAGGGGUGCGAGGGCUGCCUGGACCCCAGGGAGGGAGGGGGAUGUUUGGGCCAAAGGGUGACAGAGGCCCCCCUGGGAUGAGAGGGGACAGGGGCCCUCGGGGGAUCAGAGGGGCGAAGGGUAACGGGGUGAUUCAGAAACGCUCAGCUUUCAGUGUGGGCCUCUCUCCCAGCAAGUCCUUCCCUCCAUCGGGCUUCCCCGUCCGCUUCGACAAGGUCUUCUACAACGGAGAGAACCACUACAACUCCUCCUCCAACAGCUUCACCUGUGCCUACGGGGGGGUCUACGUGUUCUCCUACCACAUAACCGUGCGGAACAAGCCCCUGCGUGCCGCCCUGGUAGUCAAUGGGGUGAGGAAGGUGCGGACGCGCGACUCUCUGUAUGGCCAGGACAUCGACCAGGCGUCCAGCCUGGUGCUGUUGCAGCUGGUGGUGGGGGACCAGGUAUGGCUGGAGACACUGAGGGACUGGAAUGGUGUCUACGCCAGUAGUGAGGACGACAGCACCUUCUCUGGAUUUCUGCUCUACGCUGACAAGCCCUGA